AUGACUGCUAUCGAAGAAGUGGCAGGCACAGAUGUUCUUUGCAGUGAUAAAACUGGAACUCUCACUUUGAAUAAACUUAGUGUUGAUAGAAACUUGAUUGAAGUGUUUUAUAGGGGAAUGGAUAAGGAUUUGGUGAUACUCUUAGCAGCAAGAGCUUCUAGGAUAGAAAAUCAAGAUGCUAUAGAUGCUGCUAUUGUUGGAAUGCUGUCUGAUCCACAAGAGGCUAGAGCCGGUAUCAAUGAGGUCCAUUUUCUGCCAUUCAAUCUCGUUGAUAAGAGGACUGCCCUUACCUAUGUUGAUACCGAAAGAAAUUGGUGUAGAGCAAGCAAGGGGGCUCCUGAGCAGAUAUUGGAUCUUUGCAACUGCAAAGAAAACGUGAGGCGAAACGUUCAUGCAAUGAUAAACAAGUUUGCCGAGCGUGGACUUCGAUCUUUAGGUGUUGCUUAUCAGGAAGUACCUAAAAAAACAAAAGAGAGUCCUGGUGCAGCAUGGCAAGUUGUUGGUUUGUUGCCACUAUUUGAUCCUCCUAUACAUGAUAGUGCUGACACAAUUCGACAGGAUCUUAAUCUUGGUGUGAAUGUUAAGAUGAUCACAGGGGACCGGCUUGCUAUUGGAAAGGAAACUGGUAGAAGGCUUGGAAUGGGAACAAACAUGUAUCCAUCAUAUGCAUUGCUUGGCCAUGACAAAGAUGCUUCUACUUCGGAUAUUCCUAUUGACGAGUUGAUUGAAAAGGCCGAUGGAUUUGCAGGAGUGUUUCCAAAACACAAAUAUGAAAUCGUCAAGAGGCAGCAAGAUAGAAAGCAUAUAUGCGGAAUGACAGGAGAUGGCGUAAAUGAUGCUCCUGCUUUAAAGAAAGUCGAUAUCGGAAUUGUUGUCGCUGAUGCUACAGAUCCCGCUAGAAGUGCUUCUGAUAUUGUCCUUACUGAACCUGGUUUCACCAGCAGGGCCAUUUUCCAGAGAAUGAAAAAUUAUACUAUUUAUGUUGUGUCAAUCACCAUCUGUAUUGUGUUCGGUUUCAUGUUGAUUGCUUUGAUUUGGAAAUUUGAUUUUGCACCUUUCAUGGUUUUGAUCAUUGCAAUAUUGAAUGAUGGUACCAUCAUGACAAUUUCAAAAGAUAGAGUGAAACCAUCUCCACUGACUGACAGUUGGAAUGAAUUUUGUUAUUUUUGUUUCUAUUUGUCAUUUUUGUUAUUUUUGUAA